AUGGAUGAAUGCCUUGAUAUUUUCGGUCAACAGACCUUCACGAUUAAUAUUCAGUCAUGUUUCUGCUUUCCUCUCGACGAUGCUUCCCCUUCCGCACAUUCAGUGAUUAUCGACACUCUUGCCAGAGGUCUUGAGCGGCUGCGUGCAAGCUUUCCGUGGUUAUCUGGUCAAGUUGUUAAUGAGGGAUCUGGCGAUGGUGAUACAGGCCGGUUCAUGAUUAGGCCACUGGAAAAUCUGCCGCAGCUGGUUGUGAAAAAUCUUCAACAUGACCCCCGGGUAGCGACAAUGAAAGUCCUGCGACGCGCUAAUUUCCCAAUGAGCAUGCUCGAUCAGGACACUCUGGCGCCACGGAAGAUUUUCCCCGAAGACAGUUCAGAACCGGCACCCGUGUUUCUCGUUCAGGCGAAUUUUGUUGUUGGUGGCCUCCUCCUUACAUUCGUCGCUCAGCACAAUGCCAUGGAUGCCACCGGCUUAGGUCACAUUAUCGGUCUAUUCUCAAAGGCUUGCCGGAAUGAACCGUUCAACGACCACGAACUUCGAGACACCAAUCUUCCCCGCCCGAAUAUCGUUCCGCUACUCAAACAGAGUGAUAUGAUGGGCGCCGAGCUUGAUCGUUACAUUGUCACAACUGCGCCCUAUAGCACGCCGUCCGAGGCGCGAGGGUCUCUUCCACCGAAAUGUAUAUGGACAUCCUUUAAAUUCUCGCCUCGGUCUCUGAAAAGACUGAAAUCGACCGCCAUGGGAUCUCUCUCAACCCCAUCCUUUGUCUCUACGGAUGAUGCUCUAACCGCCUUCAUCUGGCAAUCCGUCGCUCGAGUCCGUCUGCUCCGAUUGGACCCCUCCGUACGCUCAACGCUUAUGCGCGCCGUUGAUGUGCGGAGCCCUCUGGGGAUCUCUCCGUUCUAUCCGGGGCCCAUUCAAAGCAAUGUAUAUACGGAGUUCACCCUUCAAGGGUUGGUUGAGGAGUCGUUGGGCGGUGUCGCAUUGGAGCUUCGAUCAGCCUUGGACGACAAAUCACGCUUGAAUCACCACACGCGCGCCAUUGCAACCUUCCUCAGUCACACAUCCGAUAAAAAUAUUUUCUCCUUUGGCGCAAAGCUCGAUACAACAACAGAUCUCAUUCUCAGCUCGUGGGCGAAAGUGGAGAGCUAUUGCUGUGACUUCAGUCUUGGUUUGGGAUUGCCUGAGGCUGUGCGAAAGCCGAGAUGUAAUGAGGUAGAGGGACUGACUUUUCUAUUGCCGAAGACUCCUGAAGGCGAGGUCGUAGUUGCAUUGUGUUUGCGUGGUGAAGAUAUAGAAAGGCUACAGUCUGAUGUUGAUUUCAUCAACUAUGCGGAAUACAUUGGGUAG